ACAAGAUCAUGAUUUAUUUUCUAAAAUCUAUAACAAAUCUCGAAAUGGCUAGCCUUCUAACUCGUCACUUCCCAUGGUUUCCCCGUCCUCGGUUUCACUUCCUGAAAUGGUGGACAAGGAAAACUAUGAGAUAAACUCAGUAAGUGUUGAUCGUUUUGUCACCGUAACUCUUGGGUUAGCCUUCUGUUCUGUGCGAGUGAGGUAACUAAAUUAUGGUAAAGCCCUUUGAUUUUAAAGCAUGUUUUGAAUUGUUUUUGAGAUGGUGGCAAGGUUCAAAUUGAUUUUAAAUUGAUUUUAUCAGUAUCUGAGUGUGAUUUAAACUGAAAUGAAAACUGUGAUGAUUUUUAUGAGAAUUUCAUUGUUUUUCUGGAAUUGAGUAUGAUUGAAAUGAAAAUGAGAGUUUUAU